AUGAGCUCCGCCGGCGAUCUGAGCGCCGAGGCGGCGGCGGUGGCCGCGGCGUCGUCCCCGCGCCUCGAGCACCUCCUGAGCGCCGUGGAGCGCGAGUCGCGCGCGGGCAGCGAGAAGGGCGACCCCACGGAGCGCGAGCUGCGCGUGGCGCUCGAGGAGCGCGAGCUCUGGGAGAGGUUCAGCGAACUCACCAACGAGAUGAUCGUCACCAAGGCGGGCAGGCGAAUGUUCCCCGUGAUCAAGGCGUCCGUGUCCGGCCUAGACCCGAACGCCAUGUACUCCCUGCUGCUGGACUUCUGCGCGGCCGACGCCCACCGCUGGAAGUACGUGAACGGCGAGUGGGUGGCGGGCGGCAAGCCUGAGCCGCAGCCGCCCAGCUGCGUCUACAUCCACCCGGACUCGCCCAACUUCGGGGCGCACUGGAUGCGCGCGCCCGUCUCCUUCUGCAAGGUCAAGCUCUCCAACAAGAUGAACGGCAGCGGGCAGAUAAUGCUCAACUCGCUCCACAAGUACCAGCCCCGCAUCCACAUCGUGCGCGUCGGCGGCGCCCAGCGCCUCGUCACGAGCCACGCGUUCCCCGAGACGCGCUUCAUCGCCGUCACCGCCUACCAGAACGAGGAGGUCACUUCGUUGAAAAUCCUGCACAACCCAUUCGCCAAGGGAAUUCUGGACGCGAAGGAAAGAAGCCACACCAUGAAGGACUCGAACGUGAGCGACUGUCCACAGAGUCCGUACUCACACGCGAGCCACGGCUGGUGGAUGGGGAAGCCUCAGCCACAGCCGAUGUCGCUGGCCCAGGGCACCGCAACGCCGCUGGGCUGCGAGCGUCUCUCCGGCCUGCACUCCCACCGCGUGGCGCCGUACCCCAGCCGUGUGCCAACGCAGCACGCACUGCACCACGGCUCUGCGAUGCUCGGCGAGGACGAGAGCUGGGCCGGCCUGCAGGCGCCCAAUGCCAUCGCACACUCGCACAGCCAGUACCCCAGCCUGUGGUCCAUGAGCAACAACAGCCUCUCACCGGCGCAGCAGCAGUCCGGCCCCACCGCAGGCCUCCCCGUGCCGUUCUUCCGCGGCGGCGCCUCCUCCUCCUCCUCCUCCCCGUACGGGCAGAGUCACGGCGGGGGCCCCCCUGCCGUGUCGCCCUACGACAGCGUCGGCGGCCACCACCACCACCACCACGGCUCCGAGCUGACGGGAACCGGCCACCCCCUCUCCUCCUGCUCCGCCGUCAUCCCUGUCUCGUCGGGCCCCGCAGACUCGCUGUACGAUCAGACGGCCCCCUUCACCUGGGCCAUGCUGGCCACGCAGGGGAUGUAGUGGCCGUGGCGUGCGGGGCGGAGCGAUGCG